AUGUCUGUCACAGAAACUAUCACAAACUCUUAUGGGUCGAUGUCCAGCCCAGAGGCAUCUGAGGCGUUGUUAUCGAAAUCGUCCUCUUCAGCUGACGCAGCCUUAUCCAAUAGGGCUACUUCUGUCGAUGAAAUCAUCGAGGUCCCUUGCCUGCAGACGAAUGUCUCACGAACAGUGCCGAAUUUAAGGGAACAACUUUCAGAACUCUUUGCCGAGAAUGUCAUGGCGAAGGUAUGGCGGGUUGCAUGCGAGUCGCUCCCUUGCACUGGGGCGACAGCCGAGGAAAUUGCGAUGAAGUUCCCAAACUCAUUUCCCGAAUACGUGCCCCAGAACCCCACGCACGGUGAGAAACCAAGUCGGUACCACCUCCGUGAGGCAACAUUCUGGACAUGUGGCUUCUUUCCCGGGUCCCUGUAUGAGCUGCUUGAGCGGACAGUCCACUAUCCCCAGUCAGCUGUGCGAAUGCUUCAUUCAUCGCCACACAAAAGACGAGGGCUGCUCCGCGCCAUGUGUGAAAAAUGGUCAGAGCCAUUGCACGACAUGGCCAGAAGGACGGACACACACGAUAUAGGGUUCAUUGUCAUGCCUGCCCUGCGGAAGGAUUGGGAGCUUUUUGGAAACCCCCGGAGUCUGGCAUCCAUUGUCCGGGCGGCCAACAGCCUGGCAACGAGGUACGUCGCCUCCGCGAACGCUAUCCGUAGCUGGGAUCUCUUGAUUAGGAAGGACACGCAGAUCACGGAUAUGAGUACCAACCUCAUCGUGAUCAUUGACUCCUUGUGCAAUCUUGACCUACUCUUCUAUGCCGCCGCUCAAAAUUCAUCCCCACACCUCGCGGAGAUGGCCGUUGCCCAUGCCCGCACUGUGAUUCGCACACACCUGCAUCCGGAACCGCAGCCCCCACAAACGAAAUUCAGGAGAUAUAAUGGCCAGUUAUACUCUACAAACCAUGUGACAUGUAUCGACCCGAAGACUGGCGCUAUUAAACGUCGUAUGACAGCCCAGGGAUACGCGGAUGGGUCUACCUGGGCUCGUGGUCAGGCUUGGGCAAUUUUGGGGUAUGCGCAGACCUACUCGUGGACCCGGGAUAGGGAGUUUCUUGACGUGGCCUGCGGCACGGCAGAGUAUUUUCUGCAUAGACUGGAGACGCACCCUGUUGCGGGUGGUGCUGGACCUGAGAACUUGCGUUACACAUCCCCACCAUGGGACUUUGAUGCUCCGAUAGACAAGGGCAAUGGCGAGGACGAGGAGGUCGUGCGGGAUUCUAGUGCGGCAGUCAUUGCAGCGAAUGGGCUGCUAGUGUUGUCGCAGGGGCUGAUUGCAGAGAGAGAGAAGACGCUUGCGGCGAGGUUUUUUGAUGCGGCGGUGGAGUUGAUGAGAGGUACACUGGACUAUUCACUUUCGAGGGAGACUGCACGGUUUCCGUUCAUUCCCGGGGGAGAAGGAAAUGAGUUGGAAGAGGGCCUGACUGUUGAAGACGUUGUGCAAGGAAAGCGGUUCGAUGCGAUCCUUAAGCAUGGGACGGCUAACAACAAUGAGAAUGCAAGGAAGCGUUAUGCGAAUCACGGACUGGUGUAUGGUGAUUACUACUUGUUGAAGUUUGGUAACGAACUCAUGCGCAUGGGCUUAGUAUAG